UAUUGAACAAACAUUGAUUGAUAAAUAUGAAAACGAUCAUCUUUCUGCGCUUAGUACGAUGACUAGUGGAAAUAAAACGGAAACGGAAGAAGCUGAUGACAAGUAUGAGAAUGAUAAGAUAAUAUCAAUUAUCGAUAAAGAUAUACAAAAUAAUUUCAAGGAAGAAAAAUCGUAUAAAUGUUGGAACCCUGGUCUCUUCGAGAAAGUAUGUAAACCAAUAAAAGGAUCAUCGGAAGAUUUGAAACGAUCGAGAAGGAAAAAACGAGCGUUCUCACUACUCGAUACAUUGAUCUCUACGAGUAUCGUUGCACCUUUAUCGAUUGGCUUUUGGAGGGGUGUAUGGGCGACCAUGGAUCGUCAUGCAGAAUUGUUUCCCAGCUGGUUUUGUUUUACGUUUGGCACAGCUUUGCAUGCAACGUACACGAUUUUCAAAGAUCAAUUUCAUAAAGUUUACAUGAAGAAGUGGACUAAAUUAAAUUGGCGAAAACGAUUGCCUUAUCGAGCUUUGCGAAUCCUGUAUACUUACACAUUUGGAGUGGCGUGCAUUGCGCAUUGGCGUGGUAGUUGGAUCAUCAUCGAUAAUCAUCUAUUUGUGCACACGUGGAUAACAAUGUCUUUGACAUGCUCACUGUUGGUGUGCCUGGCGAUUCUACGUUCCGUUCGAAACUUGAUAGCAACUCCAUUGAUAAUUGUCAUCGAUACGCCUUGUUGCAUUUUUCAAUUUCCCACUAGGUACAACGUGGACUAUCUUUAAAUUACCACAUCCAUCAUCUAUGCGUAAUUGGAUGUCCAACAUGAAUG